AUGGAGCAACCGGCCUUUAUCUUCCUAAAUACAACAGGCGCGUCCAGCAUCUCUCCACCGGCCGCGAAGCGAAUGAGGGCACAUAUCACGAAAACCAACUUCGCCAAGCGGCGUCAGCGUGCUCUGUCGACCGGGGCAGAGCCAAGAGGACAGAGAAAGAAUCCCCGGCAGCCGCUGAGGGAGAGAGAAAAGCCCGAAAAUAACCAGAAUAUCACAUUAUUGCCAUUCAUACACACUGAUCCCGACGCAGCUCAUGAUAUAACACUUUUCCACAGGAUCCAAGAACUAGUCUUUCUAGAGGGCAGACAUGCUCCCGGCAGCGCAAGUGAAGCAGCAUGGUUUGGUCUUGUUGCCUCAGACCCAGCGUUGACCGAGGCGACACUGGCGGUGGCAACACGGCACUGGUCGCCCGACGAUGGAUGGCAAUUGAAAGCAUAUCGCCAUUCAUAUACAGCUGUCAACCUCAUCAAGCAGCGAAUCAUGUCGACGGGUACUCGGACGGACGGUGUCCUCGGCGCAGUUACCACCUUAGCCUUCGGUGCCACCUUGGAACAGGAUGACGUCGCCUGGAAUAUUCAUAUCAUUGGCCUCGCGCAUAUGAUCAAAGAUAGAAAAUCGCGCGCCAUGAACCCACCGCCAUCAUGGAUGACAGAUCUGAUUGUCCAGUUGGUGCACCUUUGA